AUGUCAAACUAGUGCACGUGUGACUUGUAAACACUCCGCGAUGGAUGAGGUAAAUGGCUUCAAGGUUGUAACCUUGCACAUCAGACAAUAUACAACUUCGCAGCACACGAUAUUCAUUAAGGAACACACAAUUCGGAAGGAAGACCCGGACAAACCCGCCAAGCGGACCCUUUUCGUGCUCAACGUUCCGCCCUACAUUACAGAGGAGCACUUAAAAUAUGGAUUUCAAAAAGUGGGUGAGGUCACUAACGUUCUAUUUCAAGAGAAAGUCGGUCCCAACGAGGAGAACGGCGUAGACAAAUUCGAUAAGUUCAUUCCGCGACCGGCUUUGAAGGGGUUCAAAGUGGCCUACGUUGUCUUCAAGUCCACCAAGUCCAUUGCCAAAGCGCUCCAGCUAGAAAAAUUGUGUAUUUAUGACGAGGAGACCGGACAAGCGAUAAUUCGCACAGGAGUGACUCAGUGGAUGCAGGAUUACGUCGCGUCGCUCACCUCGGAAGAUGACCUACAACGGGAAAUCGACGAAUACAUGGCAGAUUACGAUAAAGCGGAGAACGCCGCCCGCGUUGCAGAGAAAACAGCCAACACCGACGACGAUGGAUGGGUGACCGUAACCAGACGAGGCCCCGUCGCCGGUUUCGAGCAAAAGGAAUCGACCAUCAACAAAGUCGAGGAGAAGAUGGAGAAGAAGCGCAAACAGAAGGAACUCACCAACUUCUACACGUUCCAAAUCCGCCAGUCCAAAAUGCAACACAUCGUGAACCUGCGCAAGAAGUUCGAGGAGGACAAGCGGAAAAUCGAGCGCCUGAAAACCACGCGCCGUUUCGAUCCGUUCAAAAAAUAAAAUCCGUUCGUUUUCAA